UCGCGGUGACGAGUCGAUGUUUUUAGGACGAUGCGAAAAUGGCGAAUACGUCUUUGUGGUGUAGCAGAAUGACUAAGCAAAUUUAUCGGGAAAGCACAAAAGACAGGGGAAUACGAGCGUUCUCGAGAUUAUUCUAUUCUCGGGCGUGAGAGACUGCCGACUCAGGAGUGGUAUGGAUGGCAAGAGGUCUAUCAAAAUGGACCCGUUAUCACCCAACCCCGGCCUAGCGAUAAACGAUGACGAACUUGUGACGAUUUCGGUGCGAGACCUGAACAGGCAAUUGAAGAUGCGUGGGGUCACCAAAGAGGAGAUUGUGCGUAUGAAACAGCGGAGGCGCACGUUGAAGAAUAGAGGUUACGCAGCUAGUUGCCGCAUCAAGCGUAUAGAACAGAAAGAUGAACUGGAGACUGAAAAGUCUCAAGAAUACCGAGAUAUGGAGGAGAUGCAUGAAAACAAUAAUCGCAUGAGGGAUGAGAUAGAGUCCUGGUACGCAAAGUUUCAAGCGCUUAAGAAAUUUGCUAUGGAGAAGAAGAUUAUGAUUCCACCAGAAUUGGAAAUGGAACCUAAGAAGUAUAGCGAUUGAGUGAUGAUCAAAUACACUUGUUGAUCACACACGCGCAUGUUAACAACACAUGUGCACAAUAAGGAGGAGGAUUUGAUGAGCACCGCAGAAAUUGUUUGCUAUUUAUUUUUUAUUUUUAUGAUUUCUACAUGGGCGCAGCGAGGAAACUUCCAUUUCCUAUGGCUUUUAGAAAAAUAUAAGGAUAGUGUAACAUAUAAGAUUUUUAGAUUUUAAGCUGCAUAAAAUAUAACCAUGUAU